AUGCCUGGUGUCCCGUCGAGCAAAGGAUGCGAUGCUUGUCGCCGCGUCAAGAAAAAGUGUGAUGAACUCAAACCAUGUUCAAGGUGUCGCCGGCUGCAAAUUAUGUGCAUCGGUAGUGGCCAGCAGCGGUUUAAGUUUAAAAAUGCGGAGUUAGAGCAGAUGAAGAUGGCCCAUGGAGAGCGAAAGCGGCCUCGAGCCGUGGUAUCCCAAGCCAAGAUUCUAGCCAAUUGCCCUCGGAUAUCAAACCAGAUGCCCGGCAACGAGCUAGCGAUGUCUUUCGCCUGUACUCUCACUAUUACCGACGUCAGAUAUGAUAUAACCUACUAUGGGGCGUUUUUGAAAGAAAUACCCCGACGUCUAGGCAGUAGUGUAGCUCUUGACGCAUCCGUGAAGGCAGUGGUCACGGCUUAUCCAUAUUUUCGCCACCAAAACUUCUCGCCAGACGCUUACAUGGAAUAUUGCAAUUCGCUUCGGGCACUUCGAGAGUCUCUAAAUGACCCAGUCGAAGCGCAGUCACCGAAUACCCUCUGUGCUGUUUACCUGAUUACCAUUUGCCAGAGCUGGCUUGGAAGAUAUGAUGAUAAGUUAAAGAGUCACGGUGAAGCAAUUGCUCAUCUUCUGAAGAUCGCCGACCUUCGCAAAUGUCAAAGCAGCUUUGAAAAAGACAUGAUAGUCACAUUGACUGUUCCCGUGAUCCUAGAAGCCGUCGUCAAUCCCCGCAUUCAAAUGGAUUCUCAAUGGUGGGAAGAUGUCACACGAAGGUUUUCUGUGACACCUCGCCCUCGAGAUGCCAAUCCGCCCAGGUCCUCGAACACGCUAAGCACCCUUGCUAAGUUUCCAGAAUGGAUACGACGGCCGGAUCCAUAUAUUCCCGAGAUUGCAGUAGUUUAUCUUACCAUGCGAGACGACGCAGAAAGGAUGCGCCAGUAUCUAGCUCGUUGGUCAGACCUAACAUCUACCUCAUUCACCGAUCCAGAAACCUUUGAACAUUGUCGUUAUCAGGCGGGGUAUACACUAGUCGUCACUCUUGCUCUUAUUCUCAACACUCUUCUUCGGGCGUUUGAUCCCAACAACAAUGUCCUAGUGACAGAGGCAUUUUCGUUUUGCGAUCACAUAAUACGCGAGUCAGAGACUGCUUGCCGCUAUCGCCCACUUGGAGCAGCUUAUGUCUCCCUGUGCCUUGUUGUGGGUUGUUCUGCUGCUGAAGACGCUCGACAAUUGGCACAGCUCCAGGCUCUCCUGGCUGACUAUUCGACAGACUUCAAAGAGAUCAACUGGAUCGAACGUGUUAUGUGGCUUCGAGCUUCCUUUUAUAGCCAUCGUCUGAGAGCCAGGUCAACUCGAUCUGAAUGUGGUGGAGAGCUCGUCGAGGCUGCUUGGGGGCAACCUAAUGGUCGCCCGGAAUCAUGUUGUAUAAUGUGA